CUGGGCUCUCUUCUCCUGUUCUUCAUCCCUCCACCCACCCGGCAGGACGUCUGUGGCAAGACCUGAGACUGAAACCAGAAGUCUUCGGCUCAGGCAAAAGGAUUCUACAGGUGACUGAUGUCCAAUCAUAAGGACAGAACCCAGAACCAUGGUCAUUCUACAGCAGGGCGACUACGUCUGGUUGGACCUGAAGACCGGUCGGGAGUUUGAGGUUCCCAUCGGUGCAGUGGUCAAACUCUGUGACUCGGGACAGAUCCAGGUGGUGGACGAUGAGGGAAACGAGCACUGGAUAUCCCCCCAGAAUGCCACCAACAUCAAGCCAAUGCACCCCACCUCCAUCCACGGUGUGGAGGACAUGAUCCGCCUGGGAGACCUCAAUGAAGCUGGAAUCCUCCGCAACCUGCUCAUCAGAUACAGAGAAAAACUCAUAUAUACAAACUGUGGUGGCAGGACAUACACCGGCUCCAUCCUGGUGGCCGUUAACCCUUACCAGCUGCUGCCCAUCUACACGGCCGACCAGAUCCGCCUCUACACCAACAAGAAGAUCGGUGAAAUGCCGCCGCACAUCUUCGCCAUUGCUGACAACUGUUACUUCAACAUGCAGCGGAACAACCGCGACCAGUGCUGCAUCAUCAGUGGUGAGUCUGGAGCAGGGAAGACAGAAAGCACCAAACUGAUCCUUCAGUUCCUGGCAGCCAUCAGUGGUCAACACUCCUGGAUAGAACAGCAGGUCCUGGAGGCCAACCCUAUACUAGAAGCCUUUGGCAACGCUAAAACAAUCCGCAACGACAACUCGUCUCGUUUUGGGAAAUACAUCGACAUCCACUUCAACAAGAGAGGAGCCAUAGAGGGAGCCAAGAUAGAGCAAUACCUGCUGGAGAAAUCCAGAGUGUGUCGACAGGCCUACGAUGAGAGAAACUACCACAUCUUCUACUGCAUGCUGAAGGGAAUGACUGUGGACGAGAAGAAGAAGCUGGGGCUGAGCAAGGCCACAGACUACACCUACCUGACCAUAGGAAACUGCACAGUGUGUGACGGCCGAGACGACAUGAAAGAAUAUUCCAACAUCUGCUCUGCAAUGAAGGUGUUGAUGUUCACAGACAAAGAGAACUGGGAGAUUUCUAAAUUGCUGGCAGCUAUUUUACACAUGGGAAACCUCCGAUAUGAAGCUCGAACCUACGACAACCUGGAUGCCUGUGAGGUUGUCCGCAGCCCUCACCUCACCACUGCUGCGACACUGCUGGAGGUGGACGGUAAGGAUCUGAUGAACUGUCUGACCAGCCGGACUCUGAUCACCAGAGGAGAGACCGUCUCCACCCCGCUCAGCAUGGAACAAGCUCUGGAUGUACGCGACGCUUUCGUUAAGGGUAUCUAUGGCCGUUUGUUUGUGUGGAUCGUGGAGAAGAUCAAUGCAGCCAUUUACAAGCCUCCGUCCUCACAGCCCAAAGUUCUCAGGCGCUCCAUCGGACUGCUGGACAUCUUCGGCUUUGAGAAUUUCACUGUCAACAGCUUUGAGCAGCUGUGCAUCAACUUCGCCAACGAGAACCUGCAGCAGUUCUUUGUCCGUCACGUCUUCAAGCUGGAGCAGGAGGAGUACAACCUGGAGCACAUCAACUGGCAGCACAUCGAGUUCACCGACAACCAGGACGCUCUGGACAUGAUCGCUAUCAAACCCAUGAACAUCAUCUCACUCAUUGAUGAGGAGAGCAAGUUCCCAAAGGGCACAGACACCACGAUGCUCAACAAGCUGAACUUUCAGCACAAACUCAACACAAACUACAUCCCUCCAAAGAACAACUAUGAGACUCAGUUUGGCAUCCAGCACUUUGCCGGCGUGGUUUACUAUGAAACAAGAGGCUUCCUGGAAAAGAACAGAGACACUUUAUACGGCGACAUUAUCCAGCUGGUUCACUCCUCCAAAAACAAGUUCAUCAAACAAAUCUUCCAGGCUGACGUUGCUAUGGGGGCAGAAACCAGGAAGCGCUCGCCCACUCUGAGCAGUCAGUUUAAGAGAUCUCUGGAGCUGCUGAUGAGGACUCUGAGCGUCUGUCAGCCUUUCUUCGUUCGCUGCAUCAAACCCAACGAAUACAAGAAGCCCAUGUUAUUUGACAGGGAGCUGUGUGUGCGUCAGCUGAGGUACUCAGGUAUGAUGGAGACCAUUCGUAUCCGCCGCGCAGGAUAUCCCAUCCGCUACACCUUUGUGGAGUUUGUCGACCGCUACCGGGUCCUCAUGCCUGGAGUCAAACCAGCGUACAAACAGGAGGACCUGAGGGGAACCUGUCAGAGGAUCGCUGAGGCCGUCCUCGGCAGAGACGACGACUGGCAGAUGGGAAAGACCAAAAUCUUCCUGAAGGAUCACCACGACAUGCUGCUGGAGAUCGAGAGAGACAAGGCCAUCACAGACAAGGUCAUCCUCAUUCAGAAGGUGGUUCGAGGUUUCAAGGACAGAUCAAACUUCCUGAAGAUGAUCCAGAAGACGUGGAGAGGGUAUCAGUGCAGGAAGAACUAUGGAGCUAUGCGAGCAGGCUUCUCUCGCCUGCAGGCUCUGGUUCGUUCCAGGAAGCUGUGCGCGUCCUAUCACGUGGCGCGUCAGCGGAUCACGCGCUUCCAGGGUCGCUGCCGGGGCUUCUUGGUGCGCCGGGCAUUCAGACACCGGCUGUGGGCCGUCAUCACCAUCCAGGCUCACACCAGAGGCAUGAUCGCUCGCCGGCUGUACAAGAGGCUGAAGGGAGAGUACCGCAGGAGGCUGGAGGCAGAGAAGAUGCGUCUGGCUGAAGAGGCCAAACUGAGGAACCAGAUGUCUGCGAAGAGGGCGAAGGCCGAGGCUGAACGCAAACACCAGGAGCGUCUGGCCCAGCUGGCCAAAGAGGACGCCGAGCGGGAGAAGAAGGAGAAGGAGGAGGCUCGGAGGAAGAAGGAGAUGGUGGAGCAGAUGGAGAAGGCCCGUACAGAGCCCGUCAACGACUCCGAUAUGGUCGACAAGAUGUUCGGCUUCCUGGGGACGACGAGCUCUUUCCCUGGGCAGGAGGGACAAGCACCAGCCGGCUUUGAGGACUUGGAGCGCACCCAUCAGGAGCUGGAGGUGGAGGAUCUGGACGAGGCUCUUCCUCUGCCUGAGGAUGAUGAUGAGGAGGAUUUAUCUGAGUACAAGUUCGCCAAGUUUGCUGCCACCUACUUUCAGGGCACCAGCACGCACACCUACGUCCGAAGACCUCUCAAACAGCCGCUGCUCUUUCACGACGACGAGGGAGACCAGCUGGCUGCUCUGGCAGUUUGGAUCACGGUGCUGAGGUUCAUGGGAGAUCUGCCAGAGCCCAAGUACCACAUGGCCAUCAGCGACGGAAGCGAGAAGAUCCCUGUCAUGACCAAAAUCUACGAGACACUGGGGAAGAAGACCUACAAGAGAGAGCUGCAGGCGCUGCAGGGGGAAGGAGAGACGCUUCAGUCCGAGAGCCACAAGAAGAACAGCGUCCGACACAAACUGGUGUCCCUCACCCUGAAGAAGAAAUCCAAGAUCACUGAGGAGGUCACCAAGCGCCUCAAUGAUGGCGAGUACGGUCUCCACGGCAACAGCAUGCUGGAGGACAGGCCGACGUCCAACCUGGAGAAACUUCACUUCAUCAUCGGCAACGGGAUCCUGAGACCAGCACUGAGGGAUGAGAUCUACUGUCAGAUCUGUAAGCAGCUGAGUCAGAACCCGUCUAAGAGCUCUCACGCUCGGGGCUGGAUCCUCAUCUCUCUGUGCGUCGGCUGCUUCGCUCCGUCAGACAAGUUCGUGAAGUACCUGAGGAACUUCAUCAGCAGCGGGCCGCCGGGUUACGCUCCGUACUGUGAAGAGAGACUGAGACGGACGUUUGUUAACGGGACGAGAACACAACCUCCGUCCUGGCUGGAGCUGCAGGCCACCAAGUCGAAGAAGCCCAUCAUGCUACCGGUGACGUUCAUGGACGGCACGACCAAAACUCUGCUGACGGACUCGGCCACCACAGCCAAGGAGCUCUGCAGCGCCCUGUCCGACAAAGUCAACCUGCGGGACCGCUUCGGCUUCUCACUCUACAUUGCUCUGUUUGACAAGGUCUCGUCUUUAGGCAGCGGGAACGACCACGUGAUGGACGCCGUGUCUCAGUGCGAGCAGUACGCGAAGGAGCAGGGAGCCCAGGAGAGGAACGCCCCCUGGAGGCUGUUCUUCAGGAAGGAGAUCUUCACGCCCUGGCACUGUCCCGCUGACGACCUGGUUGCCACCAACCUCAUCUACCAACAAACCGUCAGGGGCGUGAAGUUCGGAGAAUACCGCUGCGACAGGGAUGACCUGGCAGAGCUGGCCUCUCAGCAGUAUUACGUUGACUAUGGCUCAGAGAUCCUUCUGGAGCGCCUGCUGAGCCUCAUCCCGUCCUACAUCCCUGACCGAGAGAUCAGCACCUCCAGGACGGUCGAGAAAUGGGCUCAUUUCAUCAUGGCUGCGCACAAAAAGGGCAUCUACACCCAGAAGAGGUUCGACCCUCAGAAGGUGAAGGAAGAAGUGGUGGACUUCGCUCGCCACAAGUGGCCUCUGCUCUUCUCUCGUUUCUACGAAGCCUUCAAGUUCUCAGGUCCCAGUCUGCCUAAAAAUGACCUGAUCGUAGCCGUCAACUGGACCGGAGUUUAUUUUGUGGACGAGCAGGAGCAGGUCCUCUUAGAGCUCUCCUUCCCAGAAAUCACUGCAGUUUCCAGCAGCAGAGGAGGAAAGUUGCAGGGUCAGAGUUUCACGUUGGCAACCAUCAAAGGAGACGAGUACACCUUCACCUCCAACAAUGCAGAGGACAUCCGUGACCUGGUGGUGACCUUCCUGGAAGGCCUGAGGAAGAGGUCAAAGUUUGUGGUCGCACUGCAGGACAGCCCCAACCCCGCUGGGGAGGAGUCCACGUUCCUGAGCUUCCUGAAGGGAGACCUGAUCCUGUUGGACCAGGACACCGGUGAGCAGGUCCUCAACUCUGGUUGGGCUCACGGUGUCAAUGAACGAACCAAUCAGAGAGGAGAUUUCCCAGCUGACUGCGUGUAUGUCCUGCCCACCAUGACCCGACCUCAGCAAGAAAUGGUGGCGCUGGUCACCAUGACGCCGGACCAGCGACAGGAGUCGGUUCGUGUUUCGCAGCUCGUCCUGCCGGAGAGCGACGGCAGAGUGAAACCCUACACGCUGGAGGAGUUCUCCUACGACUACUUCAGACCUCCGCCCAAACACACUCUGAGCAGGGUGAUGGUCACGAAGAACCGUGGGAAGGACAAGCUGUGGAGCUGCACCAGAGAGCCGCUGAAGCAGCCGCUGCUGAAGAAGGUCGUGAACCACGAGGACCUGGCUCAGGACGCCUGCAUGUCCUUCAUAGCUAUGAUGAAGUACAUGGGAGACUACCCGUCCAAACGGACGCGCUCAGUCAACGAGUUAACAGACCAGAUCUUUGAGGGAGCGCUGAAGGCCGAACCUCUGAAGGACGAGAUCUACUGUCAGAUCAUCAAACAGCUCACUGACAACCACGUCAAGUACAGUGAGGAGAAAGGCUGGGAGCUGCUGUGGCUGUGUACUGGUCUGUACCCUCCCAGUAACGUGCUGCUGCCCCACAUCCAGCGCUUCCUCCAGUCCAAGAAACACCACCCGCUCUCUGGAGACUGCAUGCAGAGGCUGCACAAAGCUCUACGUAACGGAUCCAGGAAGUACCCCCCUCAUCUGGUGGAAGUGGAAGCCAUCCAACAUAAGACAACACAGAUCUUCCACAAAGUUUACUUCCCUGAUGAUACAGACGAGGCGUUCGAGGUGGAGUCCAGCACCAAGGCAAAGGAUUUCUGCCAAAACAUUUCCACCAGGCUGCUGCUCAGAUCUCCUGAAGGCUUCAGCCUCUUCGUCAAGAUCUCAGACAAGGUGAUCAGUGUGCCAGAGGGAGAUUUCUUCUUUGACUUCGUCAGACAUUUGACAGACUGGAUCAAGAAAUCUCGACCUGCUAAAGACGGCAUCGUCCCCUCUCUGACCUAUCAGGUGUUCUUCAUGAAGAAGUUGUGGACCAACACCGUUCCAGGGAAGGACUCCUUUGCUGACUCCAUCUUCCACUACUACCAGGAGCUGCCUAAAUACCUGCGUGGCUACCACAAGUGUGCACGAGAAGAGGUUUUCCAACUUGCAGCGCUCAUAUACCGGGUCAAGUUUGAGGAUGACAAAUCACAUUUUCCUACAAUUCCCAAGAUGCUUCGGGAGCUGGUUCCCCAGGAUCUCAUUCGACAGAUGUCCCCAGAUGACUGGAAAAGGUCUGUGGUUGCAUACUUCAACAAGCAGGCUGGUAAAUCGAGGGAAGAGGCCAAACUGAUGUUCCUGAAGAUCAUCUACAAAUGGCCGACCUUUGGCUCCGCCUUCUUUGAGGUCAAGCAAACCACAGAACCCAAUUACCCAGAGAUCCUGCUGAUCUCCAUCAACAAGCACGGAGUCAGUCUCAUCGACCCGAAGACGAAGGACAUCCUGACCACCCACCCCUUCACCAAGAUCUCCAACUGGAGCAGCGGGAACACCUACUUCCACAUCACCAUCGGCAACCUGGUCAGAGGAAGCAAACUGCUGUGUGAGACCUCACUGGGCUAUAAGAUGGACGACCUGCUGACCUCGUACAUCAGUCAGAUGCUGACCACCAUGAACAAGCAGCGCUCCGGGCGGGGCCACAGCAAGUGAACUUCUUACUGGCAGGAGGCUACUGAGCUCAUCCGGCUCUUGCGCCCUGUUGGCCAGCACUGCAGCUGGGGGCGGACCUUUGCCCACCAGCUGUGGAGGAUGAGCCGCAGUCCUUCUGCUAGCUCAGAAGGGUCCAAGCUUACCGGGGAGAGUUCGGCUGCCAACAGCGACGACCCCGGCGAAGGCCCCAGCAACUGUUACCACUACAACUACAGCUACGACGAGGAUCAGCCGUCCAGCGAGGAUGACUACCUCUAACACCUCCAACCUCUCCGUCUAUCAGGUCGGUCUUCCUGCUUCGGUUCAGGAUUCAACAGUCAGACCUGCGAUGAACAGAAAUGCAGUGUGGAGUCAGUGCUGCUGCUACGAUAACAUUAUCUGACUGACUCAGAUCAAACAGAGGACUCUGGGUUCUGGUUGUAAGAUCUCAGCCUUUGGUGAAUGUUGCAGUGACCCCAGGUGGCAGCAGGUGUCCACUGCCUCCAGGUUUGAAAACUUUAAGGACUGUGCUGCCUUUUUUUGUGACAGUAAAGUCCUUCGAACUGAUGUUUUUUAGUGUUUUUAGUGUGACCAGAUUCUGCUGUGGUUGUCUGGACGGAGUAAAGCUCCAGUUUCUGUCCACAGAGAUUUUUCACCAGUGAUCUUCACCUGUAGGUAAAAAAAAAGAGUAUUUCUAGUAACUGUAGUUAGUGGCAUGGCUUUAUGCAAGACAGUGUGGGUCAGUUCACCUAACAUUACCAUGUUACACUAACUGCUUUAGUGUGAAGUCUGAGCAUGUUAACAAGGAGCCUUAAACUCAGUCUCCUCAGAAGUUAUUAAAAAGCCUUAAAUUUAAUUUACAGGAGUUUUAAACAUUUUUUAUUGAUUGCUGUUAAUAGUACCAGUGUGUGUCUAGUGAACGGUCAAUAUAAAGCUUAUCACUCAUAAUGGGCAAGUUUUGAUUUUAGUAAUUAUCACUGAUUAGUUAUAUUAUUAGGAACUAUUGUUUUAUACUCCUGGGAAGUGCUGACAAAAUAUGAUAUGAAUGUCAAUAAAUAAUGUACUAAAUAAACAGUUUAGGCUUCAUUGUCCCAACUGAUUUUCCAUCUUUACCAGUUUGACUGUGGAGAGACAUUAAAUUAUAUUCUGAGUGGUAGUAAAAAGGUUUAACUUUUAUUUUGGUGAAAACUGCAGAAACAUUAACAGUCGUACGUCACCAUUCAAACUUCAGCAUUCAGCUGAAGAGAGUUAACUCAUGUUUUCUGUAGGUAACAACUUCUGUGGCACUGUUUUCACAGGUUUUCCUCCCUGAUGACCAGGAUCUAAAAAUGUCGAAGUUCUCAUCCAUCCAGUUUUUGUGUGUGUGUGUGACGAGCAUUAGAUCAUCACAGGAACUUUACUGAAGCUGCACCAUUUAGUCUUGUUCCUGUCUUUCCUCGUGCAUCUUGAAACACUGACAAAGUCAAGAUGUUGUUGCAUUUACGUUCGUGCUUAGAUAAAAUAUUGGCUGUAAUUUUCUCUCGGAAAAACUUUGUCAGCAACCGUUAAGAUUUUGUGUUGUCUGUUCUUUCUUCUUCACGGGCACCGGCUGUAGUUUUAACUGUCGAUCUUCGCAUCACUUUGAAUAAUAUUCUCGUUGAAUUUUUUUUCUGGCUUUAGACCGUGUGAGAGCAUUUAUUUAAAACUAUUGUUAUGUGUGACACACUAGAAAUACGCCUGUAAUUCCUGUGUGUAACCAUUUAAUCUAUUUUUUAUUAUACUUAAUUCAUGGUUUAUGUUUACACCUUUUCUGUUUAAUGUUGCUUUGUCAGCUGUUUAAUUUUACAUUUCAUGUCUUGAUUGUUGUUGUAUCUAACAUUCCUGUAGUUUUAUAAAGUAAUUUUAACUCAAGGGCCACUUAUUAGCUUUCUGUCUGGGGCUUUUAGUUUCACUUCUCAGGCUUCAUCAGCAGAAGGGGUUUGCUCAUUUGGGAUAAGCUUUUAA